ACUCUUGAAAUAAAGUCCAAAAUUAAAAUACAAAAGGGAAAGCUCAUUUUUGUUCAGGCUCCACAAUCAGAAAAUUCUCUCAAAAUCGGAGCUCAUCUCAAAAAAUUCUCUCAAAAUUGAUCUGAGCUCAUCUCAGGAAACUCAAAGAUCGGAGCUCAUCUCAUCUCUGACGGGUUGAUUUGCGAUGGUCAACUAUCUCAUCUCCGACGACAAGCAAGCCGUUGAUUAACUGAGCACUCUUCGCCACCCCAUUUUCCAAUUACAGAUAUUUCUCUUCCUCUUCAUCUAGAAUGUAUGAUCUUGAGAAGCGACUCCAAGAAUUUGAACAAAAACGCUUAGAAUCUGAACACAAACGAAUAGAGGCUGAGGCAGAGUUGAAAGAAGAAAAGCACCUCAAAAGCAUAGUCGAACAACAAGCUAUUCAAAUGGCUGAACAAAGAAGACAUUUUGAGGAACAACAAGCUAGUCAAAUGGCAGAACAAAGAGCACAUUAUGACAAUAUGAUGAUGCAAAUGUUGAGUUAUAUCACCUCGCAAUCGGCCCAAUCUAGUAGUGAUCACUUAGACAAGGAAGUUUUGCUGCUGCAUACAAAAGUUGACCUUGUAGUAACUCUUGGUGUGGAUGGAACGGCCCUUUGGAACGAAUGGAUACAAAUGAUUUGAUAAACUAGUGGUAAGCAUUGCUUGGAAAAGACUAUGAGAGCCAGGUACUUGUUUCUUUAUUGUGUUGGUGUGAAAUAAUUAUCAGGUGUGUUGGAGUUUUUGGAUACUAAAACUUUGUGUGUGUGAGAGAUGAUUAUGAGUAUUUAUAGGUGUAAAUGACAGUUUAUGAAUUUGGUUUGUAAGGUUUAAUUUAGAGUAAUUUUACUCUACAUGCUUUAUAUUGGAUUUUGA